GAAGUACAUAGUAGAAGGAGGGGGAAUAAACAGAGAGGACAGACUGAUGGCUUUUAUUUCCUCUUUCCUUAAAAGUUGGUCUUUGUCGAGCGCGCAAAUAACGUGAACCGGUCUGUGGACGUGAUUCAAGUUCGGGAAAGGCAGCGGAAAUCUGACCUGUUGUGGCGGACUGCUCCUUUGGUGUCCAGCUGGCUGCAGGUUCCUGAAUCCAGAGAUAGCAGCAGCAGAUAGGAUGGGAGGUGGGGGCCAACAGACUGAGGCUACAGAGCCAGACAGCGGGAAGGCUACUGGUGUUUACACCUGGGAGGAGGUGGAGAAGCAUCGCAGCAGGAAUGACCGGUGGUUGGUCAUCAGUCGAAAGGUUUACAACAUCACUCAGUGGACCAGAAGGCAUCCAGGAGGGUCUCAUGUCAUCGGUCACUAUUCUGGAGAGGAUGCUACAGAGGCUUUCACAGCUUUUCAUCCGGAUCAAAAGUUUGUGCAGAAGUUUCUGAAGCCUCUGCUAAUUGGAGAGUUGGCAGCGACAGAGCCGAGCCAGGACGGAAACAAAAAUGCAGCCAUCAUGCAGGAUUUUGAAACUUUACGCUCUCAGGUGGAGAAGGAAGGUCUUUUUAGAGCCAAACCAUUAUUCUUCUGCCUCCAUCUGGGUCACAUUCUGCUCCUGGAGGCCCUCGCCUGGCUAAUGGUCUGGUACUGGGGAACGAGCUGGACUCUGACCUUAAUGUGCGCUGUCAUGUUGGCAACUUCCCAAGCACAGGCUGGAUGGCUGCAGCAUGACUUUGGCCACCUUUCUGUCUUCAAGACGUCCAGGUGGAAUCACCUGGUACACAAAUUUGUCAUUGGACAUUUGAAGGGAGCAGCAGCCAGCUGGUGGAAUCACCUGCAUUACAAUCAUCACGCCAAACCAAAUGUCCUGAGCAAGGAUCCGGAUGUCAACAUGUCGGGCAUCUUCGUUCUUGGAACUGUUCAACCUGUAGAGUACGGCAUCAAGAAGAUCAAACAAAUGCCCUACCAUCAUCAGCACCAGUACUUCUUUCUAUUGGGGCCGCCUCUUGUCGUCCCAGUCAUCUUCAACCUGCAAGUGUUGAAAGUCAUGAUUUCUCGCAGAAACUGGGUGGAUCUGGCUUGGUAUUUGUCCUUCUACGUCCGCUACUUCUGCUGCUACAUGCCCCUGUAUGGCUUUUUUGGCUCUGUGGCUCUCAACCUCUUUGUUAGGUUUUUGGAGAGUCACUGGUUUGUGUGGGUGACUCAGAUGAACCAUCUUCCAAUGAAUAUAGAUCAUGAAAAGCACCAGGAUUGGCUUACUCUGCAGUUACAAGCCACAUGUAAUAUAGAACAGUCCUUCUUCAACGACUGGUUCAGCGGACACCUCAACUUUCAAAUCGAACACCAUUUGUUUCCAACAAUGCCGAGACACAAUUACCACCUGGUUGCUCAGAGGACCCGUGAACUGUGCGACAAAUAUGGGAUCCCUUACCAGACAAAAACUUUGUGGCGAGGCAUGACUGAUGUUGUCAGUUCACUGAAAACCUCAGGGGAUCUCUGGCUUGAUGCAUAUCUUCAUAAAUGAUGAGCUGUUUAUAAACCAAGUGAUCUUCUGGAUGAAAAACCUGUUGUGUGUUGUGAAUUAAAAAACAGCUGAUAGCGUAAGACUUAUUUGUUUUCCUUUUUGUAGAUGGCGUAGUUAAUGGACUGGGGAAGUAUUUAAAGCUUAGACAAUUUUAAAUGAUCUUUAUUGACACAAGUCGUGUUUUAGGUUAAAUUAAUAUUCUUAAUAAAUAAGUGAAUUAAAAUUCUGACUUGUUUUGACAAGUUUCAUUACUGAUGGAAUAAUUAUGCUCAAAUUGUAAUUAUUCUGGCAUAGCAAAGGAAAAUCUCAUCAAAUUUCACAAUCCUCAUUUUGUUCUGUUCUGUUAGAAACAUGCAACUUUUUUAAUAGUUACACAAUAAUUACAAAUAUGCAACGUUUUUAAUAGUUUGCCCUUUAUUACACAAUAAACUAGAUAUAUCUAAAUUCACAGGAAUGCUUGUUUUUCUGUAACUGUAGCAAUCAAGACUAAGGUUUCAAAGCCAUAGGUUUAAUUUAGUUUUCUUCCAAAACUACAGUGAUGCAUGUGCCUCUCUCCAUAAAGAUGUUACACAGCAUAAUAAAAAAUACAAAUGAAAGAAUUUGCAUGGAGCUCUGAAAUAAAUGAUUUUCUAUUUUCAAAUGA